UAUUAUGAGCAGUAACGCGUUUGGUGCCGGAAUAAAUCGUAUACUCUCGCCGAAACAUAAAAAUUGUUUUUGUGAAUAAGUGCUGGCAUUACCCGAACGAAACAUCUAAAAUAGGUAUGUCGAAAUUGUUGACCACCUGUGCUCGAGUACCAACUGCCAAAGCUGCCGUCUGGAUAUCUGAGGAUGACUUUGGAUCUUAUCAAGAUGCAUCUGGACAAACCAGAAAUGUUAAGAGAUUCACUUGGGGGAACGUGAAAAAGACUACAGUUCAGGUUAUCAACUGGGGAGCAACAAUAACUUCCAUCAGAAUCCCUGAUAAGGAUGGAAAUGUUGAAGAUAUCGUGACCGGAUUCGAUACCAUUGAGGAAUAUUUGGGACCUAAAAAUAGAUACUAUGGUGCUACAAUUGGAAGGGUGGCUAAUAGAACAGCCAAAGGUGAAAUGAAUGUCGAAGGUGUAAACUAUAAACUUGCAGUCAACAAUGGUCCAAAUCAUCUUCACGGAGGAAUUCAAGGAUUUGACAAGGUCUUGUGGAAUUAUUGUGUUAAAGGAACCAAACUUAUUUUGACGUAUCAUUCAGCUGACAUGGAAGAAGGUUACCCAGGGGAUCUUUUAGCAACAAUUACUUUUCAACUUACAGCCGAUAAUGAGUUUCAAAUUAAUUACAAAGCAGUAGUUUCGAAAGCUAGUCCAGUUAACCUGACGAAUCACUCAUAUUUCAACUUGGGAGGACAUGGUUCUGGAUCGGAAGGAUUGUUUCAACAUGAAAUCACAAUUAACGCUGAUAAAUAUACCGAAGUAGAUGACACUUCUAUUCCAACAGGGUCCCUUCCCACGGUAUCUGGAACGAUAUUCGACCUAAGAGUACCAAAACUACUUGGAGAUGUAAUCCCUAAGUUCCCUGGUCUUGGAUAUGAUCACAACUACUGCGUUACUAAACCAUCAUCAGAGGGUAUUGUUUUUGUUGCGAAAGCUCACCACAAACCUAGUGGUAGAGUAAUGGAGGUCUACAGCAAUCAACCAGGAGUCCAGUUUUAUUCCGGAAACUUUUUGCCGGAAAAUGAUAGAAGCCAAGGCAAAGGUGCUACUUACAAAAAACAUGGAGCUUUUUGUUUUGAAACUCAGAAAUAUCCUGAUGCCAUUCAUCAGGCAAACUUUCCGAAUAUAGUUCUUUACCCAGGUGAGGAAUACCAGCACUUCACAAGUUUCAACUUUCUAGUCCAACAGUAAUAUAUUAUAUCCAUAUUUUGAAAUGUUAUAGAUAUUUUGCUAUUGAUAAUUGCAUCAUAAUUUUAUAAAGCGUAUGUGAGCACGCUAUCCA